GUUCUCUGCCAUAAACGAUGUAUUUACAGCGGCGUACACGAAAUAGCCACCCUUUCAGAAAGUUGUCCCCCAGAAAGGCGCAGAUACAGUGAUAAAGAACUGGUUCGACGAUGUGCUGGUGCAGAGGUCAUCAAGCCACAAAAAGGAUUCUAUCUGACCGUGUCGUCAGAAGAGGUGACAGAGGAAGAGAUGAACAAACUAUGCUUCAACGCAGUCUACAUGGAAAUCUGCAUUGAAAUCAAGCGUUCCAAUUUCAAACGAUUACGAUGUCCUCGUCUUAAAAUACUUCGAUCGUGUCGACCAGGGCGACCAGCUUUUCGAAUCGUGGGUAAUCGGCAGUUCAGGGAAUUGUUCAUUCCUCGUUCAAUUCAAACUACACAAUACGAGCUUCUCUUUGAAAUCACGGAAAAUACACUUCUCUCAACAACGAUCAUCGAAAAGCUGAGACAAAUUUGCAAAAGCUGCAACAUUGAAGCCAAACCUUCGCCAAAACCUCCAGGAGAACAUUGGCCCAAGAAGCCCUUACCUGACCGCUCUCCAGUGCAACCACCUCAGGAAGAGCCUGCAAAACCUAAACCUACCAAGACAUGCCAACUAAAAGCCCGGGAGUAUGAUGGCAACGACAUAGUUCGUCUCUGUGCUGGCAAGCAAAUCAUCAAACCACAGAAGGGAUUCACCCUAGAAGUGUCGUCUACGGAUGUUAAUGAACAAGAGAUGAACGACUUAUGCGCUAAUGCUGUGUACAUGGAAAUCUGCAUAACCAUUGAAAAUUCAGAUUUUAAAAAGCUACACUGCCCUUUCCUCGAAGAGCUUAGGCCUUGUCAGAAAGGAAAACCGGCUUUAAAAAUUGUAAACAAUCUUGAAUUCGAGGAGCUGGUUAUAUCGGACACACUUCCGAUUCCCCAAAAACGAGCUCAUCUUCGAAAUUACGGAAAAUCCAAAUCUUCCGACUAA